AUGACGGAGAAAAAGAUCAAGAAAGUUGUCAUAAAGGAAGAAGAAAAUGAGCUGGAGAUGGUUGCCGCGGGGAUGGGGCCCGCAAAAGGGGCUGUGAAAAGAGAAGGCGAUGAAAAUAAGGCGGCUUUGCUGGCAAACGAGGAGGGGGGUGGAAACGAUGGGGAAACUGAAUGGUGGACGCAGGGGACUCUGACAACAACAAAAAAGGGGGAAAAGCGGUGGGACACACUGUUGCACAACGGUGUGUUAUUUCCCCCGGCAUAUGUUCCGCAUGGCAUUCCUAUUCUUUACAAUCAGCAAAAGUUUGAGAUGACCCCAGAGGAGGAAGAGGUGGCGACAAUGUUCGCUGUCCUACGAGAGCACGACUAUUACCGCAACGAAGUGUUCCGUAGGAACUUUUUUCAGAGCUGGAGGGAGAUACUCGAUAAACGGAAGCAUCCCAUUCGCUGCCUCGAGUUAUGUGAUUUCAGUGCUAUAUAUGAAUGGCAUCAGAGGGAGGUGGAGAAGCGCAAGAGUCGCACAAGAGAAGAGAAAAAGGAACUGAAACGUAUUGCUGACGAGGAGGCGGAGCCGUAUAAAUGGUGUAUAUGGAAUGGCAAGAAGGAGCAGGUGGCCAACUUCCGCGUGGAGCCACCCGGUUUAUUCCGUGGACGUGGAGAGCACCCAAUGCGAGGGAAACUGAAGAAACGUAUACUUCCCGAGGAUGUCGUGUUAAAUAUAGGCAAAGAAGCCCCGAUUCCCCAAGCACCAGCGGGGCACAAGUGGAAGGGGGUUGUGCACGAUCAGAAUGUGACGUGGUUGGCGAUGUGGUACGAACCCACCAUUGGUCAGUGCAAGUAUGUGAUGCUUGCGCCGUCUUCAACUCUGAAAGGUCAGUCGGAUUAUGCCAAAUUCGAGACAGCGCGCGAGCUGAAAAAUCACAUUGAUGAUAUACGGGAAUCCUAUACGAAGGAUUUUUCGUCGACGGAUGAGAUGGAGAGGCAGCGUGCUGUAGCAACAUACUUUAUCGAUAAAUUGGCGUUGCGUGUAGGUCAUGAAAAGGGCGAAGAGGAAGCGGAUACUGUGGGUUGUUGCUCCCUUCGCAAGGAGCACAUCGAGUUAAGGCCAGAUAAUGUGGUGCGUUUUGACUUUCUGGGUAAAGACUCCAUCCGGUACGUGAAUGAGGUCACCGUCCUGCCAGAAGUUUACAAGCUUCUGGGGAGUUUCAUAAAAAGAACGGACAGCGAAAUUUUCAGAAAAGUGACACCCACGACCCUAAACAACUACCUGAAGAGCUUUCUGAAGGACCUGUCUGCAAAGGUGUUCCGUACCUACAACGCUUCCAUCACAUUGGAUGAGUGGUUUAGGGAAAAGCCAGUGGACCCGAAGGCCUCCCUUUCGGACAAACUCGUCUAUUUCAACAAGGCAAAUACGGAAGUCGCUAAGCUCUGUAACCAUCAGCGCUCCAUCCCCAAGACUUUCCACGUGUCCGUUCAAUCGAUCAAGUACAAAUUAGAAGACAUAAAGAGGACCAUCGAUACCCUCAGGCGCGCCCAAAGCGUGAGCGAGAACGGCUCCGUAGAGGAGGCAGCGACACAAUUCUUCAAGGAGCAAGAUGAGGUUCAAUACCAGUGGCUCAAUACCUAUGGCACACCGGAGGAAAUACAGGCAUAUGAGGAGUUCGUUAAGAAGCGGGUCAUCCCAACUGCUUUGACAGGGAGCGCAUCCAGUACAAAGAACAAGAGUGGAAAGAAGACGGCGAAUGGAAAAAGCAAAAAGUCGGGUGGUGCCAAGCGCAGCACUAAGAAGGCGAGUGGUACAAAGAAGAAAAAAACCCGAAGCAAAAAAUCAGCCGCGAAAACAGGCAAGAAAGCAAGCGGCAAGAAGAAGAAGCAAAAGAAACGGGGUGGCUCAAAACGCGGGUCCAGAGGAAAGAACGGAGCUGGGGCUGCUUCGGGAGACGAAAACGACGAGGACGCCCCGCUUGUCAACAUCAUAGCAAAAUAA